AUGAUCGAUUAUCAUAACAAAUAUGGCAAUGUUUACGGUACAUAUUUUGGUAGUCGACCAGUACUUUAUGUAUCGGAUCCGCAAUUAAUAAAACAGAUGAAUAUUAAAGAUUUUAACGUAUUUAUCGAUCGAAACGAUUUUAAUUAUGCUAACGAUUUAUUGCAUCAAUCGUUGUUCAAUAUGAAAGCCAAUGAAUGGAAAAAUAUGCGAUCAAUUACAUCGCCUACCUUUUCGUCCGGCAAAAUGCGUUCAAUGCAUCCGAUUGUUGUCGAUUGUGUUCAUCGAUUGGAUAGAUAUCUGGAACCGAAAGCCCUGAACCGGGAGACUAUUGAAAUGAAAAAAACAAUGGGCUGUCUGACAAUGGACGUGAUAGCUGCCUGCGCUUUCGGUACACAAAUCGAUACCUACGAUGACCAGAAACCCAGUGAAUUUGUUUUGAUGGCACAGAAAGUAUUUUCCGUUAGCUUGAGGUCUAUUGUCUAUUUGAUAAUGUUAUCGAUGGGUUCAAAGUUGCUUAAGAUAACUGGUUUUAGAUUUACGUCGACAUCAGUGGAAAUGUUUUUCAAACAAGCGAUACAAUCGAUUAUAGCUAAACGUCAAUCAAUGAAAAACAAUAGACAACAACAACAUAUGAAACAUAAAGAUUAUUUGCAAUUGAUUUUGGAUGCAAAAGAUAAGACAGCCAUCAAUAAUGAUAAUAAUAAUAAGGACAUGAAGUCGAUAGAGUCGGCUGAAGAGGAGGACAUGGAUUUGAUUGAUGGCGAUCAGAGCGACGAAAUUUAUGGACAAAUCAAUGAUAAGUCGAUUGAUAUGAACAAAUUGAUUGCUAACAAGCAAUUGGUUUCCAAAAUAACCGAUACAGAUAUACUGGCCUCUAGUUUUCAGUUUCUAGUUGCCGGCUACGAGACUACCGGUUCGCUGUUGGCGCUGCUAAUCUAUAGGCUAGCAUUGGACGAUGAGUGUCAGCGAAAAUUGUUUCAGGAAAUCAGUGAACAAUUUAAUGGCCAAUACGAUGAUUACGAUUCAAUUACCCGAAUGCCGUAUCUGGAGGCAUGUAUUGCCGAAACAUUGAGACUGUAUAAUCCGUUACCAAUGUUUGGUCGGAUGGCUUCCCAGGACUAUACAAUCGAGAGUAUUGGACUAACAAUACCAAAGGGAAUGCUUGUUAACUUUGAUAUCGAAAGCAUUCAUCACAAUCCCGACUAUUAUCCCGAACCCGACUGUUGGAAUCCCGACCGAUUUAUGCCCGAAAAUCGUCGGAAAUUAGUUCCCUAUACGUAUAUGCCGUUUGGUUUGGGACCCAGAAAUUGUGUUGGUAUGCGAUUUGCGCUGAUGGAGGCCAAGACAGCUGUUGUCUAUUUGGUUAAUAAAUAUCGAUUUUUUCGUACACCCGAAACCAAAUUGCAUCUAAAAUCACAGCUAAUGAGACUAAUACUUGAUUUGAGACCAAUUGAUAUCGGCAUUGAAUUAAGAGACUGA